AUGGACAAACCCACCUUCCCAGCCAGCGCCUCACGAGAGCCCAAUCCUCUCCGACCAUACAGCGCCUACUACCGCGAACCCACCAUCGGCCUUCACCCCUCCGCCUCCCCCUCCCAACCCAUCCACGCCGCAGCCCGAUCAGGACUCAAACCCCCCUCAUCCUCCCUCGGCAGCACAGCCCGAGAUCUCCUCCCCGAAAUCGACCUUGACCUCAAAUCCUCCGCAGGCGAAGCAUGGCAAAACACCCGCAGCCUCUUCGACACCCUCCUCUACCGCUACACCAGCAUCCUACUCGCCCAACCGUUUGAUGUCGCCAAGACAAUACUGCAAGUUUCAUUACCACCGGGGAGUUCAGAAGCAACACCCCAACGCACACGGCUAGAUCCGCGAAGACGAGCCGAUAACAUACGAAACACCAGCAAAGGCCGAAGUAGAACCUACCCAGACGAAGACGAAGAAGACGAGAGCGAAACCGGCAACGAGACCUCCGAAAGCGACAACGAGAUCCCCGACUACUUCACCUCCGGCACAGUCCCACCCCGUUCCCGCUCUCCCCGAAAACGAAGAAGAACACCACCAAGCGAAGAAGCAGAAGGCCUCUCCCCAACCACCACCCCCGGCAACCGCCACGGCGAAGAGCCCUCCUACCACCUCAACCUCAAACGCCCCAACAGCCUCACCCACGUUCUCUCAACCCUCUACACCACCUCGGGCGCCGUGGGCCUCUGGCGCGGAACAAACACCACAUUCCUCUACUCCGCCCUCCUCCGCACCACCGACUCCUUCCUGCGAAGUCUCCUUCUCGCCCUCCUAGGUCUGCCCGAGAUCACCGGCCCGGAGCAGAACGGACUAGCGCCCGCUCUAGGUGUGACGGGGGCGCUGGGAUUAAGCGGCCUCGACCUCCACGACUCCCCCAAUCCGCUUGGGAGUCUGAUCGUAGUCGCACUCUCAAGCUGCAUAACAGGCCUGCUCCUCGCACCCCUCGACCUCGUCCGCACCCGACUGAUCAUCACCCCAACCUCCACAGCACCCCGCGGCCUCCUCGCCAACCUCCGGCACCUCCCCUCCCUGCUCCCGCCCCGCAAACUCUGGCUCCCCAUCACCCUCUCCCAAACCCUGCCUUCAAUUUUCUCAGCCAGCACCCCUUUACUCCUCCGAACCAAAUUCAAAGUCUCACCAGAAACCACUCCGAACGUGUGGACGCUAGCCUCCCUAACAACCACGACCCUCGACCUCUUCCUCCGCCUCCCGCUCGAAACCCUGGUCCGUCGAGCCCAGAUCUCCUGUCUCAAAUCCUCCGAGCCGGAUUUACUGACCAUUGUUCCCGUGGCCGAGUAUUCAGGGGUCAUGGGAACGGUGUACAAUAUCUUGUACCUCGAAGGGGAAACACGGACGAAGGAUGCAAGGACGGGGAUGGUGAGGGUGAGGAGGGGCCAAGGGGUUAGUGGGUUGGUUAGGGGUUGGAGGGUGGGGUUUUGGGGGUUGGUUGGGGUUUGGGGUGCGGGGGCGUUGGGGGCAGGGGAGGCGAGGGGAAGGGGGGAGUUCUAG